CAGUGGACACAACACUACAGCCCAUGACCUUCUGCAGGUCUAGAAAGUCUCAGACAAAAGUGAUAUCGAAAGGGGAAUCCUUUCAACCCUGACUGAAUUCAAAUUUUUAUUGUAUCCCCAAACAAUAUCUGUUUUGGCCUUUGAAUUUACCUGAAGUUAGUAUUAGAUUGCUUUGUUUGCAAGACCCUUUACUAAAACACCCUUCUGUUACAUCCUGCCCAUCACAUCCACCUGACCCUCCAGUCUCCUCCCUCACGUGGCCCUGAUGGGACACACCUGAUGCCUCUCAUUAGUCUGUGUAUAAAAGUACCUGUUUGUACCAUCUUCAUUAGGCUGGCCUAAACCUUCUUGUUGCAUGUUCCCUCUUGGUUUUCGGUCCUCCAUUUUGAUCCCCCUUGAUCCAGUUUAUUUCCAGUCUUUGUUUCGUUGAGUUCAAUAAAACCCCUUUUCUUUCACCACAACACCUGCUCUUGAGUCAUUCGUGGUACAACACCUGCUUCAUAGUUAAGUUAACUGGUUAUUCAAUCUUUGUGAACAAGGCUUUAAGAAAAUGUUGAGCAAAGCUGGCAACUUUACUUUUUUGAAUGUGUUGUUGAAGAUGGUGAGCAUUUUCAGAUUCCAUGCUGUUGCUUUUACUAUUAUUACUAUUAUCAUCAACAUCAUCAUCAUCAUCAUCAUCAUCUCCGGCUCCACAUGAUCUUGUUUUUGUGGCAGUGCAAGUGAAAGGCUUGGAACGACACUUAAUUUACAUUCUCUUUUUCAUGUAACCCAAAAAGGAUCAUUUAGACACACAAAUUGAUCAAACCUGGUCUGGACUAUGGAAGGAAAUGGAAGCACCCAGAGGAAACCUGCAUGACAGAGGGAGACCAUGAAAACUCCACUGAGCAUACUGGAACCCCCAGCCCCGAAAGGGCAUAGCAGCAAUGCAACCCAUUGACCCACCCAAGCUUAAGAUUUACAAGUAUCCAAUAUUAUUUUGCCUACCUCAAUUAUUAAUUUGUUAAAUAUACCAAUAAUGUUGGCUGUUUGUUAUCUGUGUAUUGUCUGUAUAUAUAAUUAGAUGACAGUGUCGAAAUAAUACAGUUCUCACAACCAGAUUCCUGCUAUUGGAACUCCCAUGACGCUACCUCUCAUGCAAAUGAACUUCCCUGUGCGAUCAGUAAAGGGUAUCUUACCUUAAUUCAUUUCUUUAAAAAAGGAUGGCACAAUAUUGUAUUUUUAAGCACACAAAAUUCUUCACAUGCCACAAAAAGCACUUUGUGUUAUGCGCACGGAGAAGUGUCAGAUUUCUUCGUACCACUAGUCAACAAUGGAAAAUAAGGAGAAAUCAAAGGACGGUGUUAAGUUGCUGGUGGGCAUAUAGUCUCUUUAUCAUUUAAACCUCCUUCCUAUUUCUUUUGUUCCUGGAGAAGUCCAUGCAUUUACGGAAAGCAAUAGUGUGCCAGGCAAACAUAGAUACCUCAUCAUUCUUGAGCUACUUUAUAAAAGACAAGAAGUCGUCUGAUGUCCCAUAUGUGCAUGUUGUGCAAUAAGGGUCCAGAAUCUUAGGUGAGUUUAAAUACUUUGCUGUCUUUGUACUUCAACUGGUCCUUUAGCAAUAUAUAUAUCUUUUUGUUUAGCAAAUAUGUUUAUUGUUUAGAGUGCAUCAGAAUAAAAAAAAAAAAUGAAAAUUUCCAAAUCUACUAUCUAACAACCUUAUAGUACCAAUACAUAAUGCUCAUAAUUGAUGUUGAACUUAUAUGUUGUGCUGAAUUCACAAUGAAACUUGGUAGAACAUGAUGAAAUUGUUCAGGUACAAGUCCUGUUUGCCUAACAUCAAGCCUAAAUCAAGCACAAAAAGAUCCCUAAAUCAUGGGGCCGGAACUUUGGAUGAAUUCCUAAUCGAACAUUAAAUUUAGAAACUGUCACUAUGGCAACUUCCUAUUGUUAGAAGCUGUUUGAAGUAAUUUUGAGACUAGUUUUUUGCAUCUUUCUUUGUUUUGCAAUCAUUGUCUGUGCUGGGAGAAGCAAACAUGACAAAGACCUUCCAGUCUGUAGUGCUGCUUGUCACAAUUGUCACAAUUGGAGAAACUUAUAAGCAGAGGAUAAUUGGAGGCCAGGUUGUGGUACCCCACUCCAUUAAGUAUCAGGCAUCCAUCCAGUAUGGCAAGCAGCAUUACUGCGGGGGCACCAUCAUCCAGCCUCAGUGGGUUUUGUCUGCUGCCCACUGCUGGAGGCCGAGUUUUUUGAUCAAAGUGGUUCUGGGCGAGCAUAACCUUUAUGUCGCGGAGGGAUUUGAACAAGAGUUCAACGUCUCCAAAAUCUUCAUUCAUAAUAACUACAACUACAAAACCUUCAACAACGACAUCAUGCUCAUAAAGCUUAGUCAGCCUGCUAGGAUGAAUGCCAACAUCGGGCUGGCAACCCUGCCUGGUGCCAACACUCCCCCACUGUCUAGGGGGGCCACCUGCAAAGUGAGCGGCUGGGGAGUGACACACGUGAACAGCUACUACCUCUCAGCAGAGCUACAAGCCGUGAACAUAGAAUUCAUCCCUGAUUGCCUAAACUACUACAACACAAGUGUGUCUGAAAAUAUGCUCUGUGCUGGCUCACGCUCUGGGGGCAAGGACUCCUGCCAGGGAGAUUCUGGUGGCCCCCUGAUCUGUGAUGGCUUCUUCGAAGGUAUUGUCUCCUGGGGUAUUGGCUGUGGCAAUCCCAAUUUCCCAGGCAUCUACACUAAAGUAAGGAAUUACAUCCGCUGGAUCAACUGGACCAUCAGCAGUGAACCAUCCAAUUGAAAUAAUACAGAGUGGAGGUACAGUAAUGCAGUGGUUCUGAAACAAUGGUACCAGUGAUGUUUAGCUAGUUCCCUCUAGUGUUAUGAGGAGGUAUCUUCCUUAUUGACGUCGGUGUUAAUGUGGUAUACGAAGAGGCUUUCUCAGGUGGUACGUGGAAUUCAACAAGUGCGAAACACUGCAGUAAUGUAUUUGACACUGAAAACUUACUUCCUGCCUGACCUCUGUAACUUCCAAAAGAUUACGCUCAUAAUUCCUCAGAUGCAAAGAAUAACGACGGGAUCCACAUUAUUUUGUUCAUAUCAGCACAAGUAACACAUUCCAGCAGACUGAUUUACAGAUUGUAUUUGCGUAUUUUAGGAAGUGUAUUUUAAUAAAAGGUUUAACGUUUUUUAGUCCUGGCAUGGGUGUAAAUUACGGGGGGAUGAGGAGGUUCUAACACCACCUAAUAAUCAAAACUGGCCAAUACACCCCCACCCCCAAUAAUCAUGUCUCAAAAUCAUUGGUGAAGAUCGCUCCCGCUCCACCCCCUCCCGCCACUCCCAAUGUUCAAACCAAAGUGACGCCCAUGAGUCCUGCUAUUGAAACACCAGUGCUGUGCAUGUCGAAAUCAGUGUGAGCAAUUUCAAUGCUAUGAACGAAGAAAUGGUAUUAAGCAACUGAACAUUCAACUGCAGGAAGCAUGUCAUUGUACCACAUUAAAUACUUGUGACGCGGAAGCUAUGAAUAUACAUUGUAAUAUACAAUCUGUAUUCUCCAACUGCUUACUGCAACAAUGGAAUGUAGAAAUAGUUCAUUUAAAACAUUUAUUAAGUAAAUUUAUAAGUUUGUUUUAAUAAAAAUAAAUAAAUACAUAAAUAAAAAUUAUUUAAAAACAAUGGGUCAUGGGUUAUUCCUUCCUGGGAAAUAUAGUUCUGGGCCAAUGCGACCCUGCACAGAACAAGCGGGUAUGAAUGGAUGGAUGGAGGACGGAUGGAUGAAGGAACUACCGUCCAACUGUUGCCGAACGAUUUUUUUGAUAAACCUUUUGGGACUGUGCUAUAAAUGUAAGCUAAAU